GAGGAAAAUACGAGAGAUCAUCCUCAUCCUCCCCCCUGCGGCGCUUGGUGGAGAAGUGUACAUGCUCGGUGGUGGAGAGAGUCCUGACACACCGAGGAGGCGCAGUCAAUGAGGGGGCAAAGCGAGAAGUGAGCCGGUGUGUGCGCAGUCUUAAAACGCCCUCUAAACGCGAGGGUGGCGAGGAGAAGAACAUAAGAAAUUAAUCCCUCCCUGCUUUGACAAGGAAGAUAGACUUCCCAUUGCAUCGCAAACAUGGGGAACCGGGGAAUGGAGGAUUUGAUUCCUCUGGUGAACCGCAUGCAGGAUGCCUUCUCCUCCAUCGGUCAGAACGCGAACCUGGACCUGCCCCAGAUCGCCGUGGUGGGCGGCCAGAGUGCGGGCAAGAGCUCGGUGCUGGAGAACUUCGUCGGGAAGGAUUUCCUUCCCCGAGGUUCUGGCAUUGUGACUCGUCGUCCUUUGGUUCUGCAGCUGAUGAACUGCCCCACAGAAUAUGCUGAGUUCCUCCACUGUAAGGGCAAAAAGUUCGUAGAUUUUGAUGAGGUUCGGCAGGAAAUCGAGGCAGAGACCGACCGCAUCACCGGGGCCAACAAGGGCAUCUCCCCUGUGCCCAUCAACCUGCGUGUCUACUCUCCUCAUGUGCUGAACCUGACCCUGGUGGACCUGCCGGGGAUGACCAAAGUGCCGGUGGGCGACCAACCUGCAGACAUCGAGGCCCAGAUCAGAGAAAUGCUCAUGCAGUUUGUCACCAAGGAGAACUGCCUGAUGCUGGCUGUUUCCCCGGCCAACUCUGAUCUGGCCAACUCUGACGCUUUAAAGAUUGCCAAAGAGGUCGACCCUCAGGGUAUGAGGACGAUUGGUGUGAUCACCAAGCUGGACCUGAUGGACGAGGGGACAGAUGCUAAGGACAUCCUGGAGAACAAGCUGCUUCCACUCAGGAGGGGUUAUAUCGGUGUGGUGAACAGGAGCCAGAAGGACAUUGAUGGCAAAAAGGACAUUAAUGCAGCUAUGGGUGCUGAGAGGAAGUUCUUCCUCUCCCACCCUGCAUACAGGCACUUGGCCGACCGAAUGGGCACUCCCUACCUCCAGAAAUGCCUCAAUCAGCAACUGACCAACCACAUCCGGGACACCCUGCCGGCUCUGCGGGCCAAGCUGCAGGGUCAGCUUCUCUCCAUAGAGAAGGAGGUGGAGGAGUACAAGAACUUCAGACCCGACGAUCCGUCUCGCAAGACCAAGGCUCUCCUCCAGAUGGUGCAGCAGUUCUCUGUGGACUUCGAGAAGUGUAUAGAGGGCUCCGGGGACCAGAUCGACACAGCUGAGCUGUCGGGUGGUGCCAGGAUCAACCGCAUCUUUCACGAACGCUUCCCCUUCGAACUGGUCAAGAUGGAAUUUGAUGAGAAAGAGCUCCGUAAGGAGAUCAGCUACGCCAUAAAGAACAUUCAUGGAAUCAGGACGGGGCUGUUCACCCCUGACCUGGCCUUUGAGGCCAUAGUGAAAAAGCAGAUCCAAAAGCUGAAGGAGCCCACACUGAAGUGUAUAGAUAUGGUAGUGAGCGAGCUCACCUCCACCAUACGAAAGUGUAGUAACAAGCUGGCUCAGUAUCCCAUGUUGAGGGAGGAGAUGGAGAGAAUCGUCACCCAGCACAUCAGGGACAGAGAGAGCCGCACUAAAAACCAGGUGCUGCUGUUGAUAGACAUUGAGUUGUCCUACAUGAACACCAACCAUGAGGACUUCAUUGGAUUUGCCAACGCUCAGCAGAGGAUCAGCCAAAUGAACAAGAAGAAAGCAGCUGGCAACCAGGAUGAGAUCAUGGUGAUCAGGAAGGGCUGGCUGACCAUCAACAACAUCGGCAUCAUGAAGGGCGGAGCCAAGGAGUACUGGUUUGUCCUCACCGCCGAAUCCCUGUCCUGGUAUAAGGACGACGAGGAGAAGGAGAAGAAGUACAUGCUGCAGGUGGACAACCUGAAGCUGCGUGAUGUGGAGAAAGGCUUCAUGUCUAGCAAGCAAAUCUUUGCCCUCUUCAACACCGAACAGAGGAAUGUGUAUAAGGACUACCGUCAGCUGGAGCUGGCCUGUGAGAGUCAAGAGGAUAUUGAUGCCUGGAAGGCGUCCUUCCUCAGAGCUGGAGUUUAUCCUGAACGGGUCGUGGAUAAGGAAGGAAAGAGUGAAAGUGCUGAUGAAAAUGGCUCUGACAACAUAAUGCACAGCAUGGACCCUCAGCUGGAGCGGCAGGUGGAGACCAUUCGUAACCUGGUUGACUCGUACAUGGCCAUCGUCAACAAGACUGUCCGCGACUUGAUGCCGAAGACCAUCAUGCACCUCAUGAUUAACAAUACUAAAGAGUUCAUCAAUGCAGAGCUGCUGGCUCAGCUGUACUCGUGCGGUGACCAGAACUCGCUGAUGGAGGAGUCCCAGGAGCAGGCCCACCACCGUGACGAGAUGCUGCGGAUGUACCACGCCCUGCGGGAGGCCCUCAGCAUCAUCGGUGACAUCAGCACAUCCACCGUGACCACCGCCAUGCCGCCGCCUGUGGAUGACUCGUGGCUGCAGGUGCAGCGGGGCGGCUCUGGAGGAAGGUCUCCGGCCACCAGUCCAACUCCAAACCGCCGGGCUCCACCGGCCCGCCCCGGCUCUCGUGGUCCUCCACCUGGGCCUCCUCCUGCAGGAGGACCCCCAGUCCCAUCUCGCCCGGGGGCUUCUCCGGACCCUUACAGUGGGCCACCACCCACUGUGCCCUCCCGGCCUAACCGUGCACCCCCAAGUGUACCCAGAAUCACUAUCACUGACCAAUGAGGACUAACGUUUCUGUCGGAGACCCCCACCUUCUCCAACCCACUAGACCUCUGAACUCCUCCCUCCCUCCGCCCGUCCCACCUCUGGAUGUGAGGCCAUGGACAACAGUGCCACCUUCCUGUCGUUUUCUGCCACACCCUGCCUUGAACCGGCUCCCUUCUCCUGCUCCUACUUUCCUAAUAACAGACACACACAAACACACACAACCCAUACACAACUCUCUUUCACACAGAGACGCAAAAUACUUGAAACACACCUGCAUGACUUGCAUACAAACAUGCUGCACCCUCAGAAUUUAAAUAAACUAUGUAGAGAAUAUAAAAUAAUUUAUACAUUUUUGAGUGUAUGCGCACAUGUGCAUGCACACUGCUUACACAAACACACACACACACACACACACACACACACACACACACACACACACACACACAUAUAUAUAUACAAGCAAAUACAAACAGAUUAUUUGUUCCUGCUAUUAAACCUAAGGUGGGAGACAUUUACAAACUAAGCAUGACACUUUGCCUGAGUAUUACAUUAUACUCCAGCCUUUCUGAUGGGUAUUCUGGCUGCUGACUGACUUAUUUUAUCUCUUAUUAUUAACAUUUGUUUCAACUUUCUUUUUUGUUUUUUUCCCCCUGAUUUCUUCAUCAAAAAAUGUUUGUGCCUCCAACUCACCUUGUAAUGCUGGUAAUGCUUGAAGAAAAAAAAAAAGAAUUAAACAUCUUCAGAGCAGAGUUUUAAAAAAUGGUAGCUAUUUUUGACGCCAUAUUUUAAAAAUAAUAUCAGAAUAUUCUGAAUAAAUUCUGUUAUUUUGCUGAUGAUACAUGUUUUUAAAACAUAUUAGGCAGCUGGAAACGUUUUUUUCGUAAAAAUACUUUACUGAAGCUCUGCUCUCUGUGAAGUCAUGUGGAAAAAUGCUUUUUUUCCUCAAAGCGUUUCAGGCUACGAGGUGAAGAAGAAGCCCCUCCAUUCUCACAUUUAGCUCCUCCUCUUUAAAACUCACCUUGGUUUCCACCCUUCAACUAUGAAACAGACUGCACCAUCACUCACUCACUCAGCUCACAUGAGCAAGGAGGGCUUGAAUGAAAUAAGGCGAUGGCCUAGAGACUCCUCGCCCUCAGAUACCUGGGAGGACAGGAGCUGCUUCAUCCUUUAUUUUCCCUCCUCCUCCUCUUUUUCUCUUUGUCCUUUGCACUAGGACUGAAGGGAUCAACUGAGGGACCUGUUGUAGACUCCAGAAAGCCUCACUGUCACUAAAUCCACUUUCUUGUGUAAUUAAAUCACUCUGAGGCCGAGUCCACACAUACAAAUGUAUUUUUGAAAAACAGGGUUUGACCUCCUUCAUGAAAUAUGAAAUUGUUAAAAUGAAGCACUGUCAAAAGCAUGUCAAACCACUAAAGCCAUGUUUCAUGCAAAGAAGAAAAAGAUGUUGGUAAAUCAGAAACCUCCAACUAAGCCAAACGUUCCAAAUUGCAUACUUUUUACUUUUAUUACGUACUGCAGCUUCCCUAACAAAGUAUGUACUGUUGCACCCAGUAUGCAUUAAAUCGGGACAUACUUCAUCAUAACAUGGCGCCUUGAACUUUGAUCCUCUUGCUGAUAUACGCUAUAUGCUGCACAGAGGAUUGUGUGUCAGAAUAGCCAGAAAAGCAUGCUGGGCUUGCAGAGUACAAAAUGCACCCGGAUGUGGUAGAAAAGUUAUUUUUGUCAUACUGUAUUUGACAUACUAUUUUUGGGAUGUACUAAAUCCUUUUCUGGCAUACUUAAUAGUAUAGUAGUGUGGGUAUUCCCUUUCAGCAAAUUAACACUGAAAGUGAAGCAUCUUCACUCUGGAAAAAGGUCAAAUUUCAGGAACCUAAAACACAGUUUGCGUGUGGACGAAAUGCCAUGACACACACAAAAAACUGUUUAAAAAAGAAUAAAAAAUAACCGUGUACAUGUGGACUAGGCCUGAUAGGAAAGAAAAAUAGUUCAAAUAAAUGUGUUAUAAACCACUUUUCAAAAACACUGUUGUCUGUGCUUCCACAGAUCCUAUGCAACAAAGAAUAUUUUUUCCCACAUUUUUAUUUUUUUUGGCUUUUAGAGUCGCUUCCCAUGGCUCUUUUCCCACUUUCCUCCUCUACUCUUCACAAAAACUUGCAUUAUCUUAUCGAGGCGGGAUCUAAAUAGAAAGUGCAAUAUAAAGAAAAUCCUUCAGCAGACAGCUGACACCAAUUACACAAGAAUCAGAAAACAUUUUUGACUGAGAGGAAGGGAAUCUGUGGCCUGGGUUGCACCCUGAGACUGUUAGAUAGCUCCUAAUACAUCCUUUUUAUUCAGAGGGAAUGAGGUCCCUAAUGGGAAAGGUUUCAAAUAUUUGGAGUGUGUUUCUUAUCUACGAUCACAUUAUGCAUCAAAUCCUCUGAUAUACUGACAGGAAAACUUUAUCCAGGUUUAUGAUCUGCUAUUUAUUUUCUGUUUUUUUCCCCUCUCUUUUCUUUUUCUUCCUUUUCUCAGUGGUCACGGGGGUGAGUGAGAACAUGAAAACAGCCUCAGUCUAUGCAUAAAACUAUCAAAACUCCUCCUGUUUCACCCUCACACCGCUGUCUGAGAGCCUGUGAGUUCUACCCAUCUUUUCACCCAUUUUGCCACUGAACUCUGCUGUCAGUGUGAUGUGUUGUAUUUUAACCCCAAACAAAAAUAACCAGCCACAAAAAACCCCACCUCUUUACCUCAACUGAUGUCAUUUUAGCCAUUUAAAAACCACUUCAGUGACCCCUUGUGCAUCUUAGUACUCCACAACUGCAACACAAACACAACAAAGCAUAUCCUACUUAUUAUUUAACAGUAAAUAGUUUAUUAUGGACAUAUCUUAAUGUGUUAUUAUGUAUAUGUGUGGUGCAUCUUAUGGGACUUGUACUUCCACUGUCUAGAGAAAUUAGUCUGCUGAAUAUUUAAAUUAUUAUUAUUAUGAAUAAAUGAUGUGUAUAAGGAAAUAAUAUUUGAAAAACUGAUAAAAAUGUGUAACGCAGUGAUGUAUAUGGAUGUUGGCAGGUUGUUUGAUACUUUAGCUGGUAGCAGAGAGUUUUUAUUUCUUUCUUGUUUCUCUCUGUGUGUAGACGAGCAGAAAGAGACAGUGUGAAUGUGUGAACUCCUGCAGCAAACGGUUCCUGCAUUGUUUAAACUGCUGUGGAUGUAACGGUGACUUUACCCUACAGGACUGCUGCGCUUUGUCGACACAUUAAAAACCUCAGUGUACUGAA